CCUCGAUAAAAGAAAAGGCGGAGCACUCAUCGCUGUUUUCUCGUGUGCACGAGCUUCUUGUGUUCCUCUCUUGAAGUUGAAGAUGAUGAAGUUGUUUGAGCUACGUAAUCGUUCUUCUAUCCAUCGAUGGCGGUUCCCUCACUCUGUAUCGCCGAUGGAACCUUUCCCACUGAUUUUUUCCACUGGAGUUCAACCCGACGACCGACCUAUGAUCGGUUUACGAACCCGAAACUCGGAUUCCAUAGACGUUUUCGUUACGGUGGGAGAGUGACGGCGACGGUGAAUCCCUAUUCGUACACGGAGGCGGCACGGCCCGAGGAGAGGAAGGGGUUGAAUGAUUUUUUGGUGGAGGCUAGAGGUUUCGUCAGAUCAGACGGCGGAGAUGGUGGUCCGCCUCGGUGGUUCUCUCCGUUGGAAUGUGGCGCACGUGCUCCGGAUUCUCCUCUCCUUCUCUACUUACCUGGGAUCGAUGGUACUGGAUUAGGGCUCAUUCGCCAGUAUAAGAAGCUUGGAGAGAUAUUUGACAUAUGGUGCCUUCACUUUCCAGUCAGUGAUCGUACUCCUGCUCGAGACAUUGUGAAGCUUAUUGAGAGGACAGUUAGGUCAGAGUACUUCCGUUUACCAAAUAGACCGAUUUAUAUAGUUGGAGAAUCUAUUGGAGCUUCUUUUGCUAUAGAUGUUGCAGCCAGUAACCCUGACAUCGAUCUUGUCUUGAUUCUGGCUAAUCCAGUUACACGUUUUAAUAACAUCAUGUUGCAACCUUUAUCUAGUCUACUGGAAAUUUUGCCUGACAGAGUUCCCAGUUUGCUUGAAGAGUAUUUUAGGUUUGAACAAGGUUAUCCGUUUGCGGCAAUGUUCGAGACAAUGCUGAAUGAAACUGAUGCCGCACAGAUGGGUGGAGGGCUAUUAAGAAACUACUUUGCAACUUCAGUUAAUCUAACAACUCUGGUUAGGAUAUUUCCCAAGGACACACUUCUAUGGAAGCUUCAACUGCUUAAAUCUGCUUCAGCAUCUGCUAAAUCUCACAUGUACACAGUCAAAGCCCAAACACUGAUACUUCUGAGUGGACGCGAUCAAUGGUUACUGAACAAGGAAGACAUUGAAAGACUCCGUUGUACAUUGCCGAAAUGUGAAGUCCGUAAGUUUGAGAAUAACGGACAGUUGCUCUUUUUGGAGGAUGGGGUAGAUCUGGUGACUAUCAUCAAGUGCAGUUAUUAUUAUCGCCGUGGAAAAUUGCUUGAUUACGUUUCUGAUUACAUUCCGCCUACCCCAUUUGAGCUUAAAGAGUAUGAAGAAUCACAAAGAUUGUUAACUGCUAUUACCUCCCCAGUUUUUCUCUCAACGCUAGAAAAUGGCACAGUAGUAAGAUCACUAGCGGGAAUACCUUCAGAGGGACCAGUUCUGUAUGUUGGCAAUCACAUGUUGCUUGGUACCGAACUGCGUCCAGCAGCAAUACAUUUCUUGAAAGAAAAGAACAUUUCGUUGCGAGGAAUGGCACAUCCAGUGAUGUUUACCAGAAAGAUUGGCUCAAAACUCCCGGAUAUGCAGAUGUUCGACUCAGUAAGGAUGAUAGGCGCAGUUCCAGUCUCAAAUAUAAAUUUCUAUAAACUACUACGUUCAAAGGCUCAUGUGGUUUUGUAUCCUGGAGGUGUUCGUGAAGCUUUGCACAGAAAGGGUGAAGCAUACAAGUUAUUUUGGCCAGAACAUUCAGAGUUUGUAAGGACCGCAUCUACAUUUGGAGCGAAAAUCAUUCCUUUUGGAGUUGUUGGAGAAGAUGAUCUCUGUGAAGUGGUCUUCGAUUACAAUGAUCAAAUGAAGAUCCCUAUCUUGAAGAAUCUUAUAAAAGAGAUAACAGAAGAAUCUACUUACUUGAGGACCGGUGAAGAAGGAGAAGUAGGAAACCAAGAUUUGCAUAUGCCUGGAAUAAUUCCCAAGAUUCCGGGACGGUAUUACGUACACUUUGGGAAACCAAUAGAAACAAAAGGUAGAGAGAAAGAGCUAAAGGAUAAAGAGAGAGCUCAUGAGGUUUACUUGCAGGUCAAGUCUGAGGUAGAAAGAUGUAUGACAUAUUUGAAGACCAAAAGAGAAACUGAUCCUUACAGAAACAUUUUGCCAAGGUCGCUCUAUCACCUCGCACACGGUUUCUCUUCUGAAAUCCCAACCUUUGAUCUCUGAUAUCAAUAAAUAUAGUUACUUGAUUUGAGACUUUAAUUAACUUUUUGAAAUCAAUAUUCAAAAAGCAUAUCUGCAUAUGGCAGCUAAUGUAGAAAUUGAGUAAGUUCGGGGUGGUAUGUUAAAAUUUCAUACAACACAUUUUACGUUGAAGACUUAAAGGUUUGUGUUUUCUUUUUUCUUUUUAAAUAUAGAAACUAGAUAUUCACUG